AUGUCAAAAGUAGGUGUUUCCUCUGGGCUACCCAUGCUUAAGCUGACCGUGACGGGGGGCGCUCGAGGCUGUGGACUCGCUUUUGCGCGUGGACUGGCCGAAGCCGGGGCGAAUAUAGCCAUCUUCGAUGUGGUCGAUCCGGACGCUGCAUUCUAUACGAUUGAGAAGGAAUAUUCUGUUCGCACAGCGUAUUACAGAGUCGAUGUUGCGUCGCAGGAGUCGCUUGAAGGUGGAUUCAUGCAGUUUCAGAAGGACUUCGACAAUGCUCUCGAUAUUUGUGUCCCAUGCGCUGGGAUCAACCGCCAUCUCCCUUUUCUGGAGUUUACCUACAAAGACCACCAUGAUCUCGUCUCGAUUAAUGUGCUUGGACUAUACUUUACUGCUCAGCUGGCAGCAAAACAAAUGAUCGCGAACGGAACAAAGCAUGGGAGCAUCAUUCUUGUGGCUAGCAUGGCCAGCCACAUUGCUGUGCGAAGCCAGCUAUGCAGCGCAUACUGCGGAACCAAAGGAGCUGUUCGAUCUAUGUGCCCUGCCAUCGCAAAGGAGCUGGCAGAAUACUUCCCCCAUCUUGCGCAAAGUUGGGAGUCAGAAGCCAUGAAUGGCCGGAUCGCUGAGCCUGAGGAUAUCAUGGGGGCGUGUACAUUCUUAGCUAGCGAUGCCAACAACGAAGGAUAUAGUUGCAGGGGCCCUGUUGAUACUUCAGCCACGGUCGUGGUGGUCGGUGCGGGACCGUCCGGGUUGAUGCUCGCAUGCAAUCUCGUUCGAUUCGGCAUUAAUGUGAAAAUCUUGGAUGAUCGUCCGGACAAGACGUCCACCGGUAAGGCGGAUGGCAUGCAGCCCAAGACUAUCGAGACAUUCAAGCAGAUGCGACUCGCCGACCCCUUGUUGAGAAAUGGAGCCCGUGUUUAUGAUAUUUCCUUCUGGCAAUCCACAACAGAUGAACCGCUCCACCGGACAGGACGUCAAACCCAUUACCCCGAGAAUCUCGUCGGCGCAUCCGAUCCCUAUAUCCUUCUUGCACACCAGGGCAUGGUUGAGGAGGUCUUGAUCGAUGAUAUGGAGGCGCGAGGUGUCUUUAUCAUGAGAAAUAGCCGGUUUGCCUCCUGCUCACAAGUGGCAGGCACAGGGCAGCUGGAUGUCGCAUAUGAGGACUUGGCGAGCAAGACGGUCAAGACAAUCCGCGCCGACUACGUAGUAGGCUGUGACGGUGCUCGAUCAAAAGUUCGAGAGUGUAUCCCAGCUGCGCAAUUGGAGGGGGAGGUGACCAACGCCUCGUGGGGUGUGCUGGAUGGUGUCAUCGAUACCGACUUUCCCGACCUGUGGAGCAAGGUUGCGGUGCGUUCCGACCUGGCCGGGUCUAUUCUUUGGAUCCCUCGCGAACGCAACAUGACUCGAUUAUACGUGCAGCUAAGCGAGACCGACGGCGAACGGGUCGAUAGAUCCAAGGCUACACCCGAGUAUGUCAUGCAACGAGCCAGAGAUGCGAUGCAUCCCUUCCGUCUUGAGUGGAAGACAGUGGAAUGGUUCGGCAAUUACGUUGUGGGCCAACGCGUCGCGAAGCGUUUUAUGGACUCCGAGGCGCGGAUAUUCAUUGCCGGUGAUGCUGGACACUGCCACUCGGCUCUGGCAGCACAAGGAGCGAAUACAAGCAUGCAUGACAGUUUCAAUCUCGCAUGGAAGCUGAAUCUUGUUAUCCGUGGUUUGGCCCAACCAUCACUUCUAGCCACUUACGAAGAGGAACGACAGAAGAUUGCGUACGAUCUUAUAAACUUCGAUGCAGAGCAUUGCAAAGCGUUCUCACAAGGGGAGGCCGCCCUUGCCAAGAACUUCGACGAGAAUAUUCGCUUUAUCUCUGGCGUGGGUGCGGAAUAUGCGCAGGGCCUACUGAGCCGGGGCAGGACUGCCAGAUCAACCCCCAUGAGACCCGGCACUCUCCAGCUUCCCGCAAAGGUGACUCGGUACAUUGACGCCAAUCCGGUUGAUAUCCAGCUUGAUAUUCCGCUGUUGAGCCAGUUCCGAAUAUACUUCUUUAUCCCAGAUGUUCGCAAGGCACUGGAGUGGCUGAGGAUCGUGUGUGCGGGACUUGACAAUGCGACUACGAUGGGAAAGAUAUCCUCACGAGCAGAUCAGUCAUAUGCAGUUCAACCCCAACGAGCAGCCCCGUUCGAAACUUUCAUGCAGCUACAACGAUAUAUCUCCGUGUCCAGUGCCUUCACAUAUGCGAUGGUGACUCAGUCGUCCAAGUCCGAGUUCGAAAUUGCAGACUUGCCUAAGGUACUGCAUGAUACUCGCUGGACCUUAUAUCUAGACGAUGUCGACACACCUAGCUGCACAGAGAAAUGGUGUGGGCCAUUGCAGGGAGAGCAGGUAGGUAUAGUGAUUGUGCGGCCAGAUGGAUACAUUGGAGAUAUGGAUACAUGGGAACUGGCGGCGGGUAUCGAGGCCGUGAUGUGGAUCGAGAGCUAUUUCGCAUUCAUGAUGUAA